AGUAUCAAAGCACUUGCUUUCUGAUUCUUUGCAUUCAUUGUGUCGUGCUAACCAAAAGUAUUCCCGCGCGACUAAGAUUAUCCGUGGGCAUUUUAAAUUGCAUCUGUGAAGCAGUCCGAACUAACUGUUUGUUUGGGUGGAGUUAAUUACCAUACCUCGUUAGUCGCAAAUAAAGAAACCCGGCGUUAAUUUCCGGUGCUGCUGUAUCACAAAAUAGUAUAAGAUGCGCCGGUAAAUUCCUUGAAUAUUUUGUGGAUUGCGGCUUUCCUGCUGGAUCUGUCGAACUCGUUAAUUUCAGUAAAAAGAAAAACAUAUAGCUAUGCGGCAACGUUUAUUAUACAUUGUUGCUAGUUUGGCGGCAAUCUUUUCGAUCGAUUUAGGAUGUGUAUCAGCUCUGAAGUGCUACGUCCGAAGUCCCGUCUUCCCACUGGGAGACCCUCAGGACCAACAACAAUUAAUAGACUGCCCAGACGACUUUGAUGUAGCUUGCAUGAAGGCGAUCACCAUCGGAAACGGCGAAACAAGAAUCGCUAAAACCUGCUUGUCCUGGCCCGGUGAGAUGAAGUGUGCCGAGGAUACGGUGGGAGGCAUGUACAUGGCAACAUGUUACUGUAACACUGAUUCCUGCAACGCAGCCAAGAGAAGUGUGCCUUCUAUUAUCGUCGGAUAUGCUUUAGCUGUUUUCGCCGGUCGAUGUUUUCUGAGCGUGAUGUAAAACCCGCCGGAGAAUGAUGUGAAAAAUAUUCGCAGCAUUCAGCUAUAAUGCGGAAGGUCAUAGAAGAUUGCAAACUCAUUGUGAUCUUGUUUGUGAGGUUCCGCAGAAAGUCUCGCUUAUAUAGGAAACUGAAGUUGAACAAGUUGUCUUUCUCAGAUAGUUGACGUUUAUCAGAAUCUAACGCAAAUAAA